GAGCGCCAGGUAUAUAUAAACCCGAACCACACACACUUGCUCCAGAGUAAAUUAUCGCCAACAUGUUGUUUUUCAGUCUUGUCGUAGUGUUCGUUCCCGCUGUUCUGGGGGGUAAUAUCUGCUGCACCCCCCGCCAGUGGGAGGGUGUGGAGGCUCAGGUGAUUGGUACUGUGAAAACUGGAGGAACGCCACUGCUGUCAGAGACUGAAAUAAAAGUUUCCGUUGAUGCCACUAACAACAGGAUGGCCUUUGACGAACAAGUCACGGCAAACGGAUACACCGUCAAUGUCAAGGUCGUCCAGCUCUGGGAUAAAAAGACGGAGUACAUCAUCCAGCAGACCAGGACGUGCGCUCGCAAACAGCUGACCGGUGACUUCCCGAGUGGCUGUAUACCAGACACUGCUACGUUGACGGGGAAGCAUUUCGAGGGCUCUCCCCAAAACAAGGUCACCUACAACUCCUACCGUAUCGUCGACGCUGCCAAAGGCGUUACCAUCAUUGCGGACAUGACUUCAGACACAUGCGAACCCAUCAGACAGGAGACAUUCGGAAACUCUGGAACUGAAUAUUACCUUAUUUCAAACCGUUACUACGACAUCAGCGGAGGCAUCAAAAACACCACAGUCUUCGACGUUCCUCCAGCCUGCAACAACGCACCCUUCGUGGGAACUUCCGGGAGCCAAAGAGGAGCCUUGUUCGGAUGAGGAAUGACUUCACCUCAUACACGUCAACCUGCAAACCAAGACACAUUUUCAAAAGUAAAUGUACUUCAGAUCAAAUAAAGUGCGUUGUAUUUAC